GUAAUAAUUUUUCAAAUUUAAUAAUCUUUAUAACUUCCAAGUACAGGUAAAUGAAAUAAGUUGGAAUUAUUGUGAACACAAAUGUCAAUAACAUACCUACCUAAUCAGACUUAAUAUGGAUAACAAUGAUUAUAAUUUAAUUUAUGGAAUAGUUGACGAUUUAUUAAAGCAAGUAUCAAAAACAAUAUAUAAAAAAUAUUCAGAUGAGAUAGCAAUUAGCUCUAUAUCAAGUUGCAACCUUGAUGCAACUUUUCGACUAUUAAAGAUUGCAUAUCCUUGUAUUGAUCCUGGAGAUAUAAGUAGACAUUCUCAUAUAUAUUCAGCGCCACCGACUCGAAGUGAGCGGGUUGUCUUUAUCACUGUUGUUAAUGAUAAUGAAGAUAAAAAAAUGAUUAAAUGGAAAUUGAAGAAACGCAGAUAAAUUUAAUAUUGAAUUUAUACAUUCAUCAUGUACAAUUCCUAUUGUGUUAAAUUAAAAACAUAAAUAGUAUAUACGUAUCAACAUUGAAUUAGGUAAAUAUAAGUAUAAACAGUGACGCCGAACCCUAUGCUUAGGUCAGGCUGCGGCUUGACCGCAUUUGUAAAACGAGGUCGGGGAUCAGAGGGGCUGAUCUAAGCUUUGCAUUUUCUUAGUAUUCUAACUUCGCGUUUAUUCUCACGAGGAAUGCCGGACGGAUUCUGUCAGAUUGGUACGUGUCUGACUAAUAUGAAUUAUUCUUAAUACUU